GCGUGCGUGCGUGCGUACGUGCGUGCGCGUGCCGUGCGCGCGCGCGCGUUCUGCGUGGGCAACACGACGAAACGCCCGUGUCGCGAUUGGGAGAGAGAGAGAAUUUGCCCUCCUGGAUCGUGUGGGAAGCAACGAUGCUGAGCUGACAUGCCAGGCUGCUGCUGCUGCUGCUACUGCUCUUGGCUUUAGUCGCCAUCCUCAUCAUCAUCAUCACCACCAAUCAUUAUUAUCAUCAUCAUCAUCACAUUUUUAUUUAUUGCGGCACCCCUUUUUGCGAAAUCCACGACGCUUCUUUUGUAUGAUUAUUAUAUUGUUAGCGGUUUGAAAUCGUUAGAUACGACGUUCACGCCCGCAAUGUUAUCGGUUUCUUAUAUUUAAAAAAAUAAUAAUCAUCGAAUACAUUUCCAAACGCUUUUUUGUGUCGUCGCGAACACAUAAGACAAUUUCACACCUUAAACAUUUUUUUAGUAAUUCAUUAAUUCGGCAGCAGCUUUAUUUAUUUAUUGAUUGAUUUAUCAUCACCCGCCCCACAUUCCCAUCACCGUUAGGGCUCGUCGAAAUAUCUCACGUAAAAUUUAUAUUUUAUUAUUAUUAUAAUAAAUAUUUAUUUCCCCCCAUUCGCUUCUCCAUCCUAUUCCUCGUUGGCGAAGGAAACCCACCACCACCAGCACCACCACCACAACGCGGCCUGCUAAAGCCACCCUCGCCACGACCAUGAAACUUUGAUCCCCUACCCCCCCCCCAUUGCCCGAGCCGGUUUUUUUGUUGUGCAAACGUCAGAAGCUUUGCCCCUGCGGGAAAUAUCAACAACAACAACAUCAACAACAACAACAAGAAGCCAAGCCAGCCGAGGUAGGACGAACGCGAUGGACUGCCUUUGCAUCGUCACCACCAAGAAAUACCGCUAUCAGGAUGAGGACCACACGCCCCCCGAGAACAGCCCCCCGCACUCCGGCAGCGAGAUGAAGACUCCCCCGGAGCUGGUGCACGUGGCGGAGAAGAACCUCUCGCAAGUGGAGAACGUCCACGGAUACGUGGCCCUCACGCAGCUCUCCCCCAUGAAGACGAACUCGCCGCCCGUGAUCGUGAGCACCGACACCCUGGACUCGUCGCCAUACCUGAACGGAACGGACGUGGACUACGAGUAUGAGGAGAUCACGCUGGAGAGAGGGAACUCUGGGCUUGGAUUCAGCAUAGCGGGAGGCACGGACAACCCCCAUAUCGGGGACGACCCCAGCAUCUACAUCACCAAGAUCAUCCCAGGGGGUGCCGCGGCACAAGACGGGCGGCUCAGGGUGAACGACUGCAUCCUGCGGGUGAACGAGGUGGACGUGGUGGACGUGACGCACAGCCGCGCCGUGGAGGCCCUCAAGGAGGCCGGCUCCAUCGUGCAGCUGUACGUGCGGCGUCGUCGCUCCAUGCGCGAGACCCUGGAGGAGAUCAAGCUCAUCAAGGGGCCCAAGGGGCUCGGGUUCAGCAUCGCUGGCGGCGUCGGGAACCAGCACGUGCCCGGCGACAACAGCAUCUACGUGACGAAGAUCAUCGACGGUGGAGCGGCACUGAAGGACGGGCGGCUCCAAGUGGGCGACAGGCUCCUGGCUGUGAACAGCAUGAGCCUGUCGGAGGUGACGCACGAGGACGCGGUGGGGACGCUGAAGAACACUUCAGAUGUCGUCUACCUCAAGGUGGCCAAGCCCGUGGGCGUCUACACGAGCGACUCCUACGGGAGCCCCCCCGACGUCGCCAGCAGCUCGUAUUCUCAGUCCUUAGACAACCACGUGGGUCCCGGCUCCAACUACAUGGGCAGCCCGGAGUACAAGAGCGCCCUGCCUCCACCCUCGCCCGGACGAUACUCGCCCAUCUCCUUCUCCAAGCAGCCCAUGAUGGAUGACGAGCACACGCGGGAAGCGCGGCGAGUGGUCCUGCACAAGGCCUCCUCGGGGCUCGGCUUCAACAUCGUCGGGGGCGAGGACGGGGAGGGAAUCUUUGUCUCCUUCAUCCUCGCCGGCGGCCCGGCGGACCUCAGCGGGGAGCUGCGGCGAGGCGAUCAGAUCCUCUCGGUGAACGGGAUUGACCUGAGCAGCGCCACGCACGAGCAGGCGGCCGCCGCCCUCAAGGGAGCUGGCUCCACCGUGAACAUCGUGGCGCAGUUCAGACCGGAGGAGUACACCCGCUUCGAAGCCAAGAUUCACGACCUCCGGGAACAGAUGAUGAACAGCAGCAUCAGCUCCGGAUCGGGCUCGCUCAAAACAAGCCUCAAGCGCUCGCUCUACGUCAGGGCGUUGUUCGACUAUGACAAGACACGCGACAGCGGGCUGCCCAGCCAGGGCCUGAGCUUCAAGUACGGGGACAUCCUGCACGUGACCAAUGCCUCGGACGACGAAUGGUGGCAGGCACGGCGCGUCACAGCCGGCGGGGACUCGGACGAGAUCGGGGUCAUCCCCAGCAAGCGCAGGGUGGAAAGGAAGGAGAGGGCGCGGUUAAAAACCGUGAAGUUCAACGCCAAACCGUGCAACAUCGACGGAAAAGGGCACUCGUUCAAUGACAAACGUAAAAAGAGCUUCAUCUUUUCGCGAAAAUUCCCCUUCCACAAGACGAAGGCGCCAAGCGAUCAGGAAACUGUAGAGACGGAACAGCUGGUUCCACCUGUUCCUCCCAGCGGUAAUGAAAACCAUUUGAGGAGCCCCGAAGAAAAUAUUCUGUCGUACGAACCCGUGAUACAACAAGAAGUUCGCUACACCCGGCCGGUCAUCAUCCUGGGACCGAUGAAGGAUCGGGUCAACGACGACCUCAUCUCAGAGUUUCCGGACAAGUUCGGCUCCUGCGUGCCACACACGACGCGGCCCAAGCGCGAGUACGAGAUCGACGGUCGCGACUACCACUUCGUGUCGCGGGAGCAGAUGGAGAGGGACAUCCAGGAGCAUAAGUUCAUCGAGGCGGGGCAGUACAACGAGAACCUGUACGGCACCAGCGUGCUGUCUGUCCGCGAGGUGGCCGAGAAGAAGGGCAAGCACUGCAUAUUGGACGUUUCUGGAAAUGCGAUCAAGAGGCUCCAGAUUGCGCAGCUUUACCCCAUCGCCAUCUUCAUCAAGCCCAAGUCCCUGGAGUCCAUCCUUGAAAUGAACAAGAGGCUGACGGACGAGCAAGCAAAGAAGAUGUACGACCGAGCACUGAAGCUUGAGCAGGAGUUUGGGGAGUUUUUCACAGCGGUCAUUCAGGGCGACACCUUGGAAGAGAUCUACAGCCAGGGGAAGCAGAUUAUCGAAGAGCAGUCGGGACCAUUCAUCUGGGUGCCUUCGAAGGAAAAGCUGUGAAUUUAAUUCUCCAUCCUAGCCAUCACCCCCCCCCUACCCGCCCCCCCCCCCCCCCCCCCCCCGUUCUACACCACUCGGCGUCUCGAUGAAUUUUCACGCUGAAGCCUAACGGAUUUGUUGUCUCGCCUGCCCCCCCCGCCCCCCCCUCUCCCUCCCCGUUUAGUAAACUUAUCAACUUGAGAAAGCGUUGUCGUGGCGGGGGAGGAUUGGGCGGUGGGGGGGGAGGCGCGGUUGGGUGGGGGAGCGGGCUAAAGGAAGACGCAACCAAAAGAAACACACAAACCGACACUAAAUCAGAGUCUGGCCGGCACGCUUUUAACGCUCCUCGGCGAUGCGGCGGCUAAAAAGGGCCUCCUGUAAAUAUUAAUAGCUGCAAUCGUGAAAAAACAUUUUUACACAAAUAUAUAUAUAAAAGAGGUUAAAGUAAACUGGAAAUGGCAACCGCACAAAUUUUAAUGCCUGGGUUCGCUCGGCCAGUUACGACUGCGGGCUUUGAAUAGCCCCCCUCCCCACUUAGAGGAGAUGCCACCCCUGUCUUUCCUCCAUACGUGGGCUGAUGGGUGAUUUAAAAGUGAAAGCUGAAGCUUGUGGUCGGGCGUCCGACUUUACCGCGCUACGGCGCCAACAUAAGCGCGAGUUGGGACGUCGCCAAAAGGGGGGGGGGGAAUGGGGGUCACGUUGCUGUGACCUCGCGAGCGGAGUUGGGUGGAGUGGGUGGGGGGGUGGGUGGGAACUGCAGGGGUUCGACCACCAGAGGGCGAUACCACGGCAGGAGCACCUUUAAGUCACCCGUGUCCCCCCUGCCUUUGAUAUUUCUUUUCCGGCGAACGACGGAGUUUGCGCGGAACUGUCGACGGGCGGGGGGGGGGGGGGAGACGCGGCUCACGGAGGUGUUUGCUUGUCUACGAAAUUGAAGCGAAGUUGCUCUUUUUUUCCCCCCAUUGCGUCUUCCUUCAGCUCCUAAUUUAACGCGGGUUUCCUUGUAACGCUUCAGCGCGUCCCCCUGACGCCGGCGGACUCGGGAGUAGUUCAUCUUUUUUUUUGUUUGUUUACCUUCGACGCGCUCUUGCAAAAUCGUCGGACGAAACGAAAAGCUCGCGAAAGCGGGCGGCGAAUCUUGUUCGUUUCCCUCCCCCACCCCCUCCCACCCUUUUUCCCGUGACGAUCGUAACGUGGCCCCGUCGCUUGGCUCGUGAACGUGUCGCCCAGGUGCCAGCCAAUCGCGGCCGCGCCCGUACGAUCACGUGACUUGGUUAUUACUUGCUGUACGUUUGUUUUCAUAAUUUUUUUUCUGGCGACCAUCUUGCGGGGACUGCGCUGUGAUCGUCGCCACGGCAACGGUUCCACGGUGGGAGAGGAGUGGGGGGGGGGCGAAUAAAAAAAAUGGAGACAAAAAACCGCGGGGGGGGGGGGGAGGGUGGCUCGCCAAGUCGUGUAGACUUUCACGCUUCAAGAAAAAAGAAUGCACAGAUUCCGUGUUCCUCACGCCUGCCCGCCCACCUACAUAUGUCCGUACGUACGUUGAACUUCUUUUGCACCGUACCUUAGCCAACCGUGGCCAAUCGGAGGUGCGGGGGAAGGACGACAAACUGAACACAACAAACAAGCAGUUCAAAAGAAAUGAGUUUUCAAUCGAGAAGAUGCUCCGGCGGCUUCCUAAUAUCAGAAGGAAACAGCAUUCCAGACGGCCGCAGAAGCGCAUCUGAAAGCGCGCGACGGCGGUGUGACCGUCCGUUGUUUCGAUGGCGAGCCAAAAGCCGCCGCUGCGCGGGUGACCGACGUUCGCGUGAUGAUGGUUUAUGCCCCUUGACGAGAUCGGCAAGGGUGUUGUUAUAUUGUGGUUCAUUUGUGACGAGCACUUUGUGUGUGUGUGUGUGUAAUGGCGAGCGCGAUCUCGCGCGGCUUUUCGCGUCCACCGAACUCGGAAUUGACCUGGCGCGACCGUAAACCUUGAAAGACGCCCGCGUCGCGUGGGAAACCUUUUUUAAAAUUGGCGAAGAAGAAAAAAAAAACGAGGAAAAUCCUCGCCGGAAAAUGGACGAGGCUGGGUUUGGGUUGACGGUGGAUGUUGUUCGGCAUUUUGAAAACCGGCACCGGUUUUUUGGGGUCUUUUUUAGAAAGGGAGGGGGGGGGGGGAGGCGGUGGGGUGGGGGUUCCCAUUAAUGUCGCUUUCUCGCCCGUGCGCGUCGUCGAGGAGAAUGGAAGGUUCACGCUUUUCCCCCGUUUACGAACCGGGGCGAUAUUUCGUAAGUUGAGGGGGGGGGGGGGCCCUACCGCCAUCCCCUCCCCUCCUCCCCCAGGGAAAAGCGGACAAACUUUUGUGAAGCCCCCCCCCCUACCCCCGCGUAUGGUUUCAUUUCGUCUAUCGUUUUGCACGUUUUUUUAGUACAUUAAGCCAUUCCCAAAGCAAAAAAAUAUAUAUAACCUUAAAAGGAAAACAAAACUAUCUGGGAAGUACUGUUAGGAACGGACGAAACAAAAGCGGCGAUGAAGUUCCCACGGAAGGAGGGGGAGAUCGUUUUCACUGCCAAGCGCCCUCGGUUUGGUCGAAGUCCCGGGAUAACUCUCUGCCGUUUCCACCUCCGUCGAUGUCCGUCCCGUGGACGCGCGGCCACCGCGUCGAACCGUCGAUUGCCGACCGAGGGCAACCCGUGGCCUCCAGCCGUGGUCGCGGGCGACGGAACGGACAGAUUGGGGCGGUCGCGGCGGCCCCUGUUCGUCGAGAAUCAGAAUGUUUUUGUAGGCCGGAGGAAUCCGAUGAGAUGUGAAGCAUUUUAUCACAUGCGUCCAGUCGGAUAAGAACGUCACAACAGCAAGACGCAGUACGAAGACACGAUAGGAGCGCAAAGUCUAGGAAAGGUGAACAAAUCUAUCAAGCACAUACAAAUAGGAGUAAACCAUCCCCGUCCUACCAGACAGAAACCACCGAGGUGUAUUCACUUACCGUUCGAAAGCGACCCAGCCACAAAUGACACUCACACACCCACUCACUCACUCAUCCACCCACUCACACACUCACCCACACACUCAUCCACCCACUCACCCAACCACUCACACUCACCCACUCACUCACUCACCCAGUCGCUCACACACACACUCACCCACACACUCAUCCACCCACUCACUCAUUCACUCAUCCACCCACUCACACACUUACCCACACAUCCAUCCACUCACCCACUCACACACCCACUCACACACCACCCACUCAUACACUCACCCACACACUCAUCCACCCACUCACCCACUCACACACCCACUCACUCACCCAGUCGCUCACCCACCCACUCACCUCUCUCUCGUCAUUUGGUUGGCGUGGGGGUUGCAGGUCAGCAGAGUUCGUUGCGUCUCGCGACGUGCGACGAAAAUGACAACCUCCCCCAAAUCAAUGAAGAGCACUGCAACGCUGCGGCUUUAGAGCGCGAUCCGCUCGCUACUCGGAAGGUCACAAGUUCAAAUCCUGGUCGUCGGGGGUCGAUGCAGCCCCAACCCGUCCAUCCCUCCGCCGUCUAAAACGAGUGGGAAGCCAGCAGUCGUGUUACGGACAGACUGGGACCCCCCGCGCGCCAUGGUGACGUGGAAUUGGCACCACCAUCUCAGAGUCGCCGGCAUGCACGUACGACCGCGCGCACCCGUUGCUGCUUUGGCCGCCGAGUUCCACCGCGGAACGUGUGCGAAAUCGGCGCGGAGCUUCUGGCUCAUGAUUUUGGGCUUGAUGUGGAUGUCGUCGUCGUCAUCAAGCCGGUCGAUUAAUUACGAAAGUAUGUGAGGCCCAUUUUUUUUUACGUGGUCACGGCGGGUCGCUGCAUCGCCCCGAUUGCGAUGGCGUUUUUUUUUUUAAAGCCUUUGCGAUAAACAAAGCCGAUUUUACAGGGGGCCAUGCGUACAAAACAAUUCAAAUGUUGAGGUGUUAACUCGAUCGGCGACGGGCAGGAGUGCAUCGUAAACCUUGUGAAGAUGCGUCCGUGCUCAAGCGGCUCUUGUGCGCGCCGUUUAAGAAGAGAAAUAUUGUAUAUUCUCUCUGCAGUCUGGCCCAGCGUCGUAUUGAAGAGGUUUCGAGUUGUUUUUUUUUUUGGGGCGGGGGGGCGGAGGGCAAAGUGGAAGGGUGAGAAUGUCAAUUGUGUUUUGUUAUUUUUGUAAUUGCCCAUCGCGUGUCUUUCCCCUUGUUGAUUUUGUCAUAACCGAGAACAUUUCACGGACGACGUGUGCCCGUCGUACGACUGUGGGGGAGGCAUUGAUCACGUGGCCAGCUGCCACCUACCUGAUGUUUCUUUUGUACAGAGAGAUAGUGUCCGAUAUUUUGGUAGAACUGAAACAAACAAAAAAACAGCCACCAUCGCACGCGUCUGAAAUGUGUAGCCGAACGUUUCACGUCAAACCCGCCGUUCGCCACUAGGGGGCGGCGACCACCCCACGGCGCUUGCGCCAGGCUAGGUGCAUAUUGCGGCUGCCCGUCGCAUGAAGUGUCAAAGGUUCGCUGAUAGGAGGUCAUGGGACUGACCCGGGUGCCAUGGGUUGACUCCUGUGCCAGGCUAGGUGCAGGAGGAGGUCAUGGGACUGACCCGGGUGCCAUGGGUUGACUGCUGUGCCAGGCUAAGUGCAGGAGGAGAUCAUAGGACAGACCCAGGUGGUACCAUGGGUUGACUGCUGUGCCAAGCUAGGUGCAGGAGGAGGUCACGGGACUUCCCCGGGUGCCAUGGGUUGACUCCUGUGCCAGGCUAGGUGCAGGAGGAGGUCAUAGCACAGACCCUGGUGCCAUGGGUUGACUCCUGUGCCAGGCUAGGUGCAGGAGGAGGUCAUAGUACAGACCCUGGUGCCAUGGGUUGACUCCUGUGCCAGGCUAGGUGCAGGAGGAGGUCAUGGGACAGACCCGGGUGGUGCCAUGGGUUGACUGCUGUGCCAGGCUAGGUGCAGGAGGAGGUCACGGGACUGACCCGGGUGCCAUGGGUUGACAGCUGUGCCAGGCUAGGUGCAGGAGGAGGUCAUGGGACAGACCCGGGUGGUGCCAUGGGUUGACUGCUGUGCCAGGUUAGGUGCAGGAGAAGGUCACGGGACUGCCCCGGGUGCCAUGGGUUGACUCCUGUGCCAGGCUAGGUGCAGGAGGAGGUCACGGGACUGCCCCGGGUGCCAUGGGUUGACUCCUGUGCCAGGCUAGGUGCAGGAGGAGGCCACGGGACAGACCUGGGUGAUGGCAUGGGUUGACUUGACUGAGAUGAAUGGCAGAUGCACCACCUGCACUCCCUAUUGAGCCAAUAUUACACAGCACACACACACAUAUCUAUAUGGAAUAUACUUAUAAUACAAUAUAUUACCAUUUUGCCCUCAUUUAACAAAACUAAACUUUUUUAACUAUUGUGCAUUUUUUGGGGGGUUUUCAAAAGUGGACAUUGCUUUUGUAAAUGAUUUUAAUCUUACAGCUUCGAAUAAUUUAAACAAAAACACUACGUAAUUCUUUAUUUGCGUGCGUGCGUUCGUUCAAUGCAUUGGUACGGUACAUUUUUGUUUAGUUGCUAUUGGGUUUUUGAAACCGCCAGAGCAUAAAUUUGUUUUUUUUUAUAAAAAAAAAUGUGGUAAGGCGCGAUCUGUAAACAGAGUUAUGAAGGUUUAAAAGACGCCAGUGACGUGCGAACUGUGAUUGGCUGCUACUUGACUGCUCUCUCUGGACUGCGGGUAAUGAAUGAUGAAGGCGCAAUCCCUGAAAUAUCUUUGCACAAUCCACUGCUGGUUGAGGGGGGGGGGCCCUCCGCUCGAGAAAUCUUCGGAGAGCCCGGCUCGAGGUGUCAUACGUGGGUUCGAUGUUUCGGAUGCGGCGCCAGUACCCGCACUUAACCCGACCGCACGCGAACCGCCGAUCGAUUGUGGGCAUCGGCGGUUGACAUUUCUCUCGGAGCGUAGUUUCGACUGCCGUGCCGGGAGAUCGAAUCGAGCCCGCGACCUUCCGCGUCAUCGCAAGCGCCGUGGUGCCGCUGACCGCAACGAAUUUACAACCACGGCAGGGUAGUGGACCGGAAAGUUACCGAAAUAAUAAACCUCAUUCGAUACAGUCGUCGCGAACACAUCCCCAUCCACGACCCGUUCAGGCGCUGAUGUUAGCCGUAGCCGGUCGUGCACAAGUAUAACCCGUAAAAACAAAGUUUUUCACUAUAAAUCCUUUAUAUGCGUGGCGGCUAGAGUCCUCUGGCUUGAGAUGGCUGCCACCUAUGGGUCAGAUGAUUGAAUUGCACCAUUAAGCAAUUGGUAAUUAAAUAUAAUAUUUUUGUCCUAAAAAGUGUACAAUUUUGGAAAAAAAAUUUUCACGAACAUUAAUUGUCACGCACAACGAGUCUGUGUGGAAAAUGUCAGCUCCAUUGGAUCACGGGAAGUGGGUUAAAAAACGACUGAAAGAUUUGCACGGUCGUAAGCAAGCAAGCGAACUUAAUAUAAAUGAUUUAAAAAAAAAACACUCAAAUAUUUCGCGGUGGUGUACGGGUUGACGUCCGUUGAACUUCUUUCGCACCGUAUGUAGCCGACCGUGGAUAUCGAAGGUUGUGGUUCAUAGCCGGGGUUGUCUCAAAGAAGGGGCAGGGGGGUGGCAAGAGCGGAGGGAGCCGCCGCGUGUGUGGUAUUCGCACGCGGAUACACCGAUUCACCGAUCCGGCGAACGUUGGAACGGGGGGCGGUGUGGGGUGAUGGGGGAUGCAUUGGUGCGUUUUGUCAAAAUGCGUUUGCAAGUCAGUGGCGGCACUCGCGUGCACCGUUUUUAUUUUUUGCCCCCCCAGGUAACUCCGGGGAACACUCCAGCCCCCAACCGGCCGUUGUCAAUGCUCGGCUCCUCUGACCGUGUGCCGUUCCCACACACAACAACACAACACAUAACACAACACAUAACACAACAACACAACACACGACACAACACAACACAUAACACAACAUCAUGGCUUGGCUUCGCGAACGAAGAUCUAGGAAGGACAUCCACGUCUUCUGCAGGCACGCUGGUGGCUGAAGAGGCCUAUGCGGGACAAGCAGGUCCUGCCACAACAGCUGCAAGUAUAGGUCUCAUCUGGGAUGGGUACACAUAACACAACAACACACGAACGCGCGGGUGGUGGUAACGUUUUUAUUUGACGGCCACCGCGAUCGGAGAGUCGAGUUUCUCCCACGUCGUAGCGGCGGCAGAUGAUGAUGAUGGCGGUGGCGGUGGUGGUGGUGGUGGUGUUGCUGUUCACGUUCCCACCCCCCCCCCCCCCUGAGGUUGUGGCGCACUCAACGCUUUUUUGUGUUGUUCAAGUUUACCAAAACUGUCACAAGACCCCUGUGCGUGAACACACACACGUAUAAUAUAUAUAUACCGAAUGUAGUGUGUGUUCUCAAAAGCGUAUACGGUAUUUUUUUUUAAAGUUCGGUUCAACUUGCUUGUAACGUUUACCACUUUGCAUAUUUUACAAACGUACCACUUUAAAUAUGCCCUCCCCGCUCCCCCAAAAAAAACUAAUUGAAAACGAAUUCCCAGGUUUUUAAAUAUUUUUCUCCACCCACCAACCGCUUCUUACGGCGUUCAAUCUGGCCAGCCGCCCCCAAACAAACCCGCUCCAUCGGUGUGUCACUCUAGCCUUAGAUAAGUAAUAAUUAUAACCCGUAAAAACAACGUUUUUCACUAUAAAUCCUUUAUAUGCGUGGCGGCUAGAGUCCUCUCGUCCUCUGGCUUGAGAUGGCUUCCACCUAUGGGUCUGAUGAUUACCUGCCACCAUUAAGCAAUUGGUAAUUAAAUAUUUUUUAAAAAUUCCCCUAAACAGUGUAAAAUUUUGGAAAAAAAUUUUCACGAAAAUUAAUUGUCACGCACAACGAGUCUGUGUGCAAAAUGUCAGCUCGAUUGGAUCACGGGAAGUGGGUUAAAAAACGACCGAAAGAUUUGCACAGUCGCAAGCAAGCAAACACGCAAGCACGCAAGCAAGCAAGCGAACUUAAUAUAAAGGAUUUAAAAACAACUCAACUGAAAUCCCUCCAUGUCUAGAUGUGGGCUUCACAUUUACAGGUGAGAACCAGCGGACGGGGAGUGCCGAACGCUCAUGGAGAGUUGAGCCCGUAAUACGCAAACGGGGAGUGGUCAAUAUCAUGGUCAAUAUCAUCUACCCCGAACCUCUGGUGUACAUUUUUUUUUCAACGUCCAUCGUUCUCAUUUUGUACAUAUGUACAUUUGCGUAUGCAGUACGUGCUUACUACGUGGGGUUUUAAUGAGUCGUUUGUUUUUAUGGUGUGAAUCCUAAUUUCUUUUUUGUGUUAUAUAUUCUAUGUUUCAGAUUAUUUUCUCCCCGCUUUGUAUACAUGAAUUGUCGUCCUCUCCGCGUCUCUCGGUUUUGUUUUUUUCGUAACGAUUGUGUGCGUGUGCCACUCGGGGUGACCUCUGCCCUCCCCGUCCCCUUCGCCGGAAUGAAAGACAAAGGCGAGGGAGAGAAA